GGAGCUCCAGAGGCCUUUUGUACUCUUUCGGCCACCGUCUUCGGGUCCCUUCUGCUGCUCCUGUCUAAGCGCCUGCGCGCUGGUGGAGCGUCGUCCAUUUCUCCAACUGGAAGGACGUUGGUGUUGAGGAGAAUACAACGACCAUGUCUUCUAGUGCUUUGACAAAACCUCAGAUGCGCGGCCUCCUGGCCAAGCGUCUGCGAUUUCAUCUUGUGGGAGCCAUCCUUGUAUCCCUGGGGGUUGCAGCUUCCUACAAGUUUGGUGUGGCUGAAAGAAGAAAGAAGGCAUAUGCAGAUUUCUACAGGAAUUAUGAUUCCAAGAAAGAUUUUGAGGAGAUGAGGAAGGCCGGUAUUUUUCAGAGUGCAAAGUGAUCUUGGAAUGUAAAGAAUUUCUCUGGGGUGAAUUCCGUGGAAGGCUGUCACUGACUUGUGUUCCUUCUGAACUAUGAAGCAUGAAUAUUUGAGCUAAGAAAAAGUUUCUCUUGUUAAAUAAACAAUUAAGAAUUACUGUGGA